AUGGUGUUAGCAGAGUUAGGUUCGAGCAUAUCGCGUGCUCUUCAGCAGAUGAGCAAUGCGACAAUCAUCGACGAAAAAGUUCUCACUGAUUGCCUGAAUGAGAUCACCAGGGCUCUCCUUCAAUCCGAUGUUCAAUUCAAGCUUGUCCGUGAUAUGCAAUCUAAUAUUAAGAAAAUUGUCAAUCUGGAGGAUCUUGCCGCUGGACAUAACAAGCGUAGAAUCAUCCAGCAGGCUAUAUUUAACGAGCUAUGCAAGAUGUUGGAUCCCGGAAAACCCUCAUUCACCCCUAAGAAAGGGAAAACCAGUGUUGUAAUGUUUGUAGGGUUGCAAGGAUCUGGUAAAACAACCACAUGUACAAAGUACGCAUACUACCACCAGAAGAAGGGGUGGAAACCUGCCUUGGUAUGUGCCGAUACCUUCAGGGCUGGUGCUUUUGAUCAACUGAAGCAGAAUGCAACAAAAGCUAAAAUCCCAUUUUAUGGAAGCUACACAGAGUCCGAUCCAGUUAAAAUUGCAGUUGAAGGUGUGGACAGAUUUAAGAAGGAAAACUGUGACCUUAUCAUUGUUGAUACUAGUGGACGCCACAAACAGGAAGCAUCUCUUUUUGAAGAGAUGCGUCAAGUUUCUGAAGCAACGAAACCAGAUCUUGUGAUCUUUGUUAUGGAUAGCAGUAUUGGUCAAGCUGCUUUUGAUCAGGCUCAGGCUUUCAAAGAAAGUGUUGCAGUUGGUGCCGUGAUCAUUACUAAGAUGGAUGGUCAUGCCAAGGGUGGUGGUGCUCUCAGCGCAGUCGCAGCCACAAAAAGUCCUGUCAUAUUCAUUGGUACCGGUGAGCACAUGGACGAGUUUGAACUUUUUGACGUAAAGCCAUUUGUCAGUCGCUUGUUAGGCAUGGGAGAUUGGUCUGGUUUUAUGGAUAAGAUACACGAAGUUGUCCCAAUGGAUCAACAGCCUGAGCUUCUUCAAAAACUUUCAGAAGGAACUUUCACUUUGAGGAUUAUGUAUGAGCAGUUCCAGAACAUACUUAAAAUGGGCCCCAUUGGGCAGGUUUUCUCAAUGCUCCCAGGAUUCAGCGCAGAAUUGAUACCUAAAGGCCAUGAGAAAGAAAGCCAGGCCAAGAUAAAACGUUACAUGACUAUGAUGGACUCAAUGACUAACGAAGAAUUGGAUAGUACAAACCCUAAGUUAAUCACUGAUUCACGGAUGAUGCGGAUAGCAAGGGGGUCUGGUCGUCAGGUGAGAGAGGUGAUGGACAUGCUUGAAGAAUACAAGCGCCUGGCAAAGAUAUGGACCAAGAUGAAGGGACUCAAGAUUCCAAAGAAGGGAGAGAUGAAUGCCCUAUCUCGGAAUGUGAAUGCGCAGCACAUGAGCAAAGUUCUUCCACCUCAGAUGCUGAAGCAGAUGGGUGGCAUGGGAGGCUUACAAAAUUUGAUGAAGCAAAUGGGCGGCAUGGGGGGAGGCAUGCCUAAGGAUAUGAUGAGUAUGUUCGGAGGUGGGGACAAGUGA